AUGUCAGCAUUAAACUUGCGUACAUCAGCACGCACAUCUAUAUUGCGCAUCUGGACGCAAGUUCAAGCAGAGAACUACCAUCCAGACUGUGUUGAAAGUGAACAGCUCUUGGGUAGUGCCAGACAACAUUUCUCUCGUUUUAUGGAUAACCAUUUUGCCCUCGUGUCCAGCGCACAUGGAGGCGAGAUGGCAGAGCAUGAUGAUUUGCUCGCUUCAACGGAGGAGAUUUUCAACAACAUUUGCAUCAAAUUAAAACGUAAAAUGUCAGCGUUUAGUGAACUUCCCAACCAGGAAUGCAGCCAUGCACCAGACAUGCGUUUGGAUCCCGUCUCCAUUCCAAGCUUUGACGGAGAGCCGUCCAAUUGGUUAGCGUUUAAGGAUAUGUUUGAGACGCUGGUUCACAACAGGAACGACUUGCAGCCCACCUAUAAACUGGGAAAAUUGAGACAAUAUGUGAAGGCGGAAAAUGUUCCAUUAGUCGGUGGCUUGUACACAGGUGGGUAUGAAGAAGUCUGGGCUGAACUGAAACAACGUUACGACAAUCCCCGUACUCUUUCGGAACAUCAUGUUCAGCAUCUUCUAGACUUACCAACCCACCCAUCAGAAUCUCGAGCUACUCUACUUAAUUUUGUGGAUAGUGUACGUAACUCCUUCAGAGCGCUUGAAUUGAUGAAUGUGCCAGUAAAACAGUGGGAUGCUAUAGCCGUACCUCUGCUACUACCGAAACUACCGAUUGUUACUCGAACCGAGUGGGGAAUGAGCCUAAAAUCCAAUGCAAUUCCGAAAAUGGAAGAAGUGAUAAUGUUCGUGGAACGGCGUGCAGCUAACCUGCCGACAUCGUCGCCAAUUGCUCCACAUAUUUCAAGCGGACGGACAUCGAGUCGUGUCGUGAAGGCGCAUCUGACUAUGAACUCCGGAAAAAUUCUUAAUCCGGUGGUAGCAUCUGACAAGGCAACGAAUUGCCCAUCUUGUAAUGAGUUUCAUCGCAUUACGAAAUGUCAAAAGUUUCGUAACCUUCAACUUGACGGACGCUGGGACUUGGUGAAGCAGGCAUCACUAUGUUUCAAUUGCCUCAAGGCCGGCCAUCGUAAUCGCGACUGUCCAUCUGGCUUAUGUCUCAAUUGCCAACAGAAGCACAAUACUCUUCUAUGUAGAAGGCUCCAGCAGAAGAGCGUUGAAGCUACUUCCGCCAGAUUUACUCCUGGAGCGUCGGCUACUGCGCCAAUGGUGGCUCCAAAGGAAUGUCGAGCACUUUGCGAUAUUGGUUCCCAGGUGAGCUUCGUUUGCGAAUCAUUAGUAACUAUUUUGAAUCUUCCUAGAAGUCCCUGUGAGUUUCAAGUCGAGGGUAUUGAUCAAAGCCUUUCAACCCGUACCAAAGGUGUUGUCAGAGUUAGUAUGCAGUCUCAGGUGGACGAGAAGUUCCAGAUUAGCUUCGAUGCGUACAUCAUUGAUUCAAUCACGUCUAUGACUCCUUCUACUAAUAUAGACAUCAGGACCAGUCAUCAUUUAAGGGAUCUUUGUUUAGCUGAUCCGGAAUUCGGUAUACCAGGUCCCGUAGAACUACUGAUUGGCGCAGAUAUUUGGCCUGCUCUUGUAUUAAACGACGUUGUUGUCGGUUCUCAUAACGAACCAUGUGCAUUACACACCCGUCUGGGAUGGGUAGUGCUAGGUCCAGUAGCAUCGAACGAGUCGAAGUCAACCCUUUUUUCAUCACUCAUUGACGUUUCCGAUGAUUCUACCACCGAUAAACUUCUAAGGAAAUUUUGGGAAGUAGAGGAGCCUCCUGAUAACAUCAAGGCGGAGGUGGACGAAUGUGAAGAGAUUUUCGCAAGCACGGUUACGCGACAUCCGAGUGGUCAAUAUAUAGUACAGAUACCAUUUCGAUCUGAUGCCUCUCCCCUUGGAAAUUCACAUUCGGCGGCACUUCGGCAAUUUUUGAAACUAGAGCGGACAUUGGCAAACGACUAUGUACUGAGGGAGAAAUACGUGGAAUUCAUGAGGGAAUACAUCAAUUUGGGACAUAUGGAGGCAAUCGAUGCUCCUCCAGUUGACAUAGGAAGCUGUUAUUACAUCCCUCACCAUGCUGUUUUGACUAAAUUCAGAGUAGUGUUUAACGCAUCAUCUAAAACAACGAACGGUGUAUCUCUUAACGAUACGCAAAUAAGUGGACCACGGCUACAGGAUAACCUGGUUGACAUACUUCAUCGAUUUCGGCGGUAUUCGGUAGCUCUCACAGCCGAUAUCAAAAAGAUGUUCCGACAGGUAAUGGUGGAUUCUAGGCAUCGAAAAUGGCAACAGAUCCUUUGGAGGGAAUGCCCUAAUGAACUCUUGCGUACCUAUCAACUUAAGACAGUGACAUACGGUAUGGCAAGCAGUCCUUUUAAUGCUAUUAGGUCAUUGAGACAGUGUGCAUACGAUAAUUGGAAAGUGAUCGCUGACGUCAGCCGGGCAGCCGCAGCACGGGACAGCAUCCUUCAUAGCUUUUAUGUGGAUGAUUAUUUGGAAAGUGUCCACACGACAGAACUGGCCAUCAACCGUGCACGGGACGUUGAUGCCAUUCUUCAACAAGGUAAAUUUGAGUUAGAUAAAUGGAACUCCAACUGCGUCCAGACCCUGGAAGGAAUCAGUGGCUCUAAGGCGUCAGCAUCGGAGAUAAAUUUUAGCGAUUCCAGCACAACGGUAUUGGGCCUUCACUGGAAUCCUAUUACUGAUACGUUAUUCUUCAAGGUAAAGGUAUGUAACUUUGACACAAUUCCUACUAAACGGAUUGUUUUGAGUAAUAUUGCAAGAUUGUAUGAUCCACUGGGUCUGCUGGCACCGGUUGUCGUGACGGCCAAGAUGUUUGUUCAAAAUCUAUGGUUGGCGAAACUGAGUUGGGAUACGCCUCUACCAUCUAAUCUUCGAGAGACUUGGAUGAAAUACCGGAACAGUCUACAGACUCUCGAAAGGAUCAAAAUACCACGAUGGCUGGGAAUCAGAGAACAUGCUGUAUUGACACUACAUGGGUUCUGCGAUGCAAGUACCAAAGCUUACGCCGCAGUUAUUUACCUACGAAACACCAUCGCUAACGGAGGAUCCCAUACAUCUCUGAUUGUCGCAAAAACAAGAGUUGCUCCAUUGAAGGAAAUGACUAUCCCCCGCCUCGAACUUUCGGCAGCUCAGCUAUUGGUUACAACUAUGAACAACAUACGUCGCGCCUUGCAAAUGGAAGAUACGGCUUACACUUUAUGGAGUGACUCAACAAUUGUUCUCCAUUGGAUUCGGCGGGAACCCUCUUCAUUGAAACAAUAUGUGGCAAAUAGGAUAGCUUUUAUACAAUCAAAAUCGGAUAUAAACGCGUGGCGACACAUUCGUUCAGAAGACAAUCCCGCUGACUGCGCCAGCCGUGGAAUUACACCGAUAGGACUCAUGGGGAACGAGCUUUGGUGGAAGGGACCUCCUCUUAUUCAUGCGGUGAAUGAAUCAUUAUCAGCGUUACCAAGUCUCACAGCUGAGGAAAAUCAAACUUUUAUUGGGGAAAGCCGUCCGUUAACUGUGCAUCUUGGCGUUACCAGCGGGGACGGUUUACUGAUGACAUCCUUUGGAGCACAACGAGUACCUUUGGUAGCAAGGUUUAGCCGUUUGAGUGCCUUACUAAAUACAACUGCUCGAAUUCGUCGUAUAAUGCCGACGUUCAGAAGUCAGAGAUCACAGGAGUUGAUUACUGCUGAAGAGAAAGAAUGGGCACUAAUCACACAUAUUCGUCAAAGCCAAGCUUCCGGCACGCAGUGGAAAUUCAUCACUCCAGCCGCACCCCAUCAUGGAGGUCUUUGGGAGGCAGCUGUGCGUUCAGCAAAAAAACAUCUCUAUCGCACAAUUGGUCGCCAAAUCUUACGCUUCAAUCAACUGAGUACACUACUUGUUCGGAUUGAGGCUUGUUUGAAUUCCAGGCCACUCGUUCCUCUUCACGAUGACCCCAAUGGUAGCUACGCACUCACACCUGGCGACUUUCUCAUUGGUCGACCGCUCAAUUCGCGCCCAGAACCACCUAUUGAUGAUAUUCCACAAAAUCGUCUUAUAUAUUCUCAACAAUUACAGAAAAUGUUCGAGCAUUUUUGGAAGCGGUGGAACCGUGAAUAUUUAUCCAGCUUACAGGCGCGUCGCAAGUGGGAAGGUCGACGUGAGAAUCUCCAGCCAGGAGAUGUAGUACUGAUUCAGAACGAGAAUCUACCACCCACGCAUUGGCGCAUGGGUCGCAUCACUGAAGUUCACCCUGGCAGCGACGGAUUGGUACGAAUAGUUACGGUUGAAUAUAACAGUGAGAAACGUACACCUGAAGGACUUUUUGUUAAGCACCAUUGCCAACGUCCAGUGCAAAAGAUUUGCCGUCUUAUUGAUCCAAAUCGAGAAUUCCUGAACCCUGACGGUUCAGCCGGGCAGGAAUGUUAA